UUCAGCCCAUCCCUUUUUCUGCCUGAGAUUCAGGAGGCAUGGUGACAACACAGCAGCUCUUCAGCAGCAUGCCCACCGUGCAGCUGGAGGGCUGCAGCCAUGAGCUCUCUCAUCAGGCUGGACGAUGAAAACGGCGUUUUCCCCUGACUGUUUCUGAAGACCAGUGCUCAAGGCAUUUCCUCUCGGAAUGCUAGGACAAGCACAGGAGCCCAGAGCAGUAUAAUCCUCAUCACUGAAGGAACAACACAGGGAAUGUCCUCAGUGCUAACAGCUGAAAGAAAUCUGCUUUGUAUCAGCAGCAAUUAAAACUGAUGGGCAGCGUCAGUGGAACCAUGGGGUGCAACAGUUCUGUAGCUGAACAAAGCUCAGAGAAAGCCAUUAGAGCUGCUAUCCUCAUCCAGAACUGGUACCGUGUCACCGUGGCCCGGCUAGAGAUGAGGCGCCGCUAUUCUCUGAGUAUCUUCCAGUCAAUCGAAUACGCUGAUGAGCAAGAUCAACUACAGCUAUCCAACUUCUUUACAUUCAUGCUGGAUCACUGUACUCAUCCUGAUUCAGUUUCUCCUGCUUUCACCAGCCCUAGUGUUGCUCAGGAGGCGGAUGAAGACUUAUAUUUAAGAGAAUUUGAAAAAAAGGUUGAUGUUCCAGACUCUUAUCAUGGACCACGACUCUCAUUCCCCCUUACUACUAAAGAUGUUGAUGCUCUUCUUCAUGCUUUCAGGAAUGAACAGCUGCUUCAUGCCCACUAUGUACUGCAGUUACUGUGUGAAACUAGGAAGGUUCUCAAGGAGAUGCCAAAUAUCACUCAUCUUUCAACUUCCUACUCCAAGGACAUAACUAUCUGUGGAGAUUUGCAUGGAAACCUGGAUGAUCUUUUGCUGAUAUUCUAUAAAAAUGGUCUGCCUUCAGAACAAAACCGUUAUGUCUUUAACGGUGAUUUUGUUGACAGAGGGAAAAAUUCUAUGGAAAUACUUAUAAUCCUGUUUGCAUUUCUUCUCAUCUACCCCAAUGAUUUACACUUGAAUAGAGGAAACCAUGAAGACUACGUCAUGAACCUGAGAUAUGGCUUCACAAAAGAAAUUUCAAGGAAGUACAAGGACCAUUGGAAAGAGAUUAUGUUUCUUCUGCGAGACAUCUUUAGCUGGCUUCCCCUUGCCACUAUAAUUGAUAGCAAAGUUCUCAUCCUACACGGAGGGAUUUCAGACACAACAGAUUUGGAUUUCCUGAAUGCACUUAAGAGAAAUAAGUUGAAGACAUUGAUGAAGCCUCCGAAGCCAGUGGGGAACAGACAGGACCAAGUGAAGGAGAUAAUUCCCAAAACCACACCCAGUAAACACAUUGCCAACCAGAAGAACGUUGCAGGGAAAAAACGACGUACCUCUUCGUCGGGCUCCACUGAGCCUUCAGGCUCAGAUUUAACUCCAGACUUCGACAUGAAGGAAUGGAAACAAAUCCUUGACAUUCUCUGGAGUGAUCCAAGAAGCCAAUAUGGCUGUACACCAAACAAGUGUCGAGGAGGAGGUUGUUACUUUGGCCCUGAUGUCACUGCCAAGCUGUUCAAAAGGUAUAAUCUGAAGCUGCUCAUCAGAUCUCAUGAAUUUAAGCCAGAAGGUUAUGAGAUCAGUCACAAUGGGAAGGUUAUCACUAUAUUUUCUGCCUCUAACUAUUACGAAGAAGGGAGCAACCGGGGAGCCUACAUCAAACUGAAUCCUGAACUGAACCCUCGGUUUGUACAGUAUCGAGUCAGCGAAUGCACAUGCAGGCAGAACCUUCGGGAGAGGGUGGGUACAAUUGAAUCAUCUGCCUUAAUGUCCUUAAAAGAGAAGAUUUACGCUCACAAGGCUGAACUGACAAGUGCUUUUGAACAGUAUGACCUCAAGGGCACAGGCAGCAUUUCUGUCAAUGACUGGGCUACAGCAAUGGACUCUGUCCUACAGCUGGAGCUCCCCUGGAGGAUGCUGCAGCCUCAGCUAGCAGAGAUGAACCCAGAUGGAAAAGUUGACUUCAUGUCAUGUUUUCAGGAUUUGAAUAUAGAUCGACCUAUAAAAGAGGUUCAGCCAGCUUUGAUGGAAACACUGUGCAGAUACAGAAAGGACCUGGAGAUCAUCUUUAACAUCAUUGACAAAGAUCACUCAGGUCUGAUCUCUCUUGAAGAGUUCAGCCAGACGUGGAAACUCUUUGCUUCUCACCUGGGCAUCGAAGUAGAUGAUGAAUCCCUUGACAAGUUAGUCCUCAGCAUAGACUACAACAAAGAUGGCCACAUUGACUUCAAUGAAUUUUUAGAGGCCUUUCGUGUGGUUCAUAGACUAGACAAAAAGGCAAAGUCCUGAAAAGGCUGAAGUUGCAGUGGGCUGUCCUGGAAGCUCACCUUCUGUCACUAGUCACAAACAGUCUGGGCAGCCAGUUUCCAGACUGACAAACAAUAAAUGGGCUGCUGGAUACGCUAAGCACUGAGGUCACUGUGUAAGCUUUUAUUUAGUCCCUUCUGCAUGAUAUGGAAUAAGACAAGAGAGAUGAAAACCCACUACUUACAGCAUUCCUGUGUCACUGCCACAUCAGUACCUUACAAUUUAUC